UGGGCCCUGGAUACCGGAAGAACUUCCGUGUUCCGACAUCAAACUUCUAUUCUCCCCAAAGCUGGGCGCGUAUCCUGCUCAGCGCUGGGCUUGGAUAUCUGACGUGGAGGAAAUGCUGUCAUUCAGGGAUGUGGCCAUUGAUUUCUCUGCCGAGGAGCGUGAAUGCCUGGGCCCAGAUCAAUGGGAUCUGUACAAGGAUGUGAUGUUGGAGAAUUACAGCAACCUCGUAUUCCUGGGUCUUGCUUCCUCGAAGCCAUACCUGGUCACAUUUCUGGAGCAAAGUCAAGGGCCUUCAGAUACGAAGAGACAAGCAUCGGCUGCCAUGCAAACAGGAAGAAAACACUCCACAGGCAAAGAGAGUGGCGUAACCAUUUCUUGCAACCCACAACCCAGUAACAACCAGAAUAUUAAUUUAAAAAAGAAGCCCUAUAAGUGUGAAGAAUGUGGCAAGGCCUUCAAUGCUCCAUCAUUACUUUCUAAACACCAAAGAGUCCAUACAGGAGAGAAACCCUACAAGUGUAAAACAUGUGGCAAGGCCUUCAGUUGUCCAUCACUGCUGUCUGCACACAAGAGCAUUCAUACAGGAGAAAAGCCAAACAAAUGUGAAAUAUGUGGCAAGGCCUUCUAUUUUCCAUCACGACUUACUGAACACAAGAAAAUUCAUGCAGAAGAGAAACCCUACAAGUGUGAAAUAUGUGGGAAGCUCUUCAAUCGUCUCUCAACUCUUUCUGUACACAAGAGGGUUCACAGAGGAGAGAAACCCUGCAAGUGUGAAGUAUGUGGCAAGGCCUUCUAUAUUCCAUCAAAACUUUCUAAACACAAGAGAAUCCAUACAGGAGAGAAGCCCCACAAGUGUGACGAAUGUGGCAAGGCCUUCAAUAGUACAUAUGGACUUUCGGUACACAAGAAGAUUCACACAGGAGAAAAGCCUUAUAAGUGUGAAGUAUGUGGCAAGGCCUUCAAUAGUUCAUCAGGACUUUCCAUACACAAGAAUAUUCAUACGGGAGAGAAACCUUACAAUUGUGAAGUAUGUGGCAAAGCCUUCAAUAGUCCAUCGGGACUUUCUGUACACAAGAGAAUUCAUACAGGAGAGAAACACUACAAGUGUGAGGAAUGUGGCAAAGCUUUCCGAAUUCCAUCAUUACUUUCAGAACACAAGAGAAUUCAUACAGGAGAGAAGCCUUACAAGUGUGAAGUGUGUGGCAGAGUCUUUAGAUCCUUUGAUAGAAACUCAGUCCUUGUUCAACACCAGAGAAUUCAUACUGGAGAGAGACCCUAUGCAUGUGAAGAAUGUGGUAAAUCUUUUAACUAUUCUUCCAGCCUUAAACAGCACCAAAGAAUCCAUACUGGAGAGAAACCAUACAAAUGUGAAGUAUGUGACAAAGCUUUUAGCUGUUCUUCAUACCUGGGUAAGCAUCAAAGAAUCCAUACUGGAGAGAAACGCUACAGAUGUGAAGAAUGCGGUAAACCUUUUACUAAUUGUUCAGGCCUUGUUGUUCACCGAAGAGUUCACACUGGAGAGAAACCCUACAAGUGUGAAGAGUGUGGCAAGGCCUUUAGUGUUCGCACAACGCUUUCUAAACAUCUGAUAAUUCACACUGGAGAGAAACCUUACAAAUGUGAAGAAUGUGGAAAGACUUUUAAUGUUCUCUCAACACUUUCUAAACACCAGAGGAUUCACACUGGAGAGAAACCUUACAAAUGUGAAGAAUGUGGCAUGGCCUUUAAUGUUCGCUGCAUUCUUUCUAAACACCAGAGGACCCAUACUGGAGAAAAACCCUACAAAUGUAAAGAUUGUGGCAAAGCUUUUAACUGUUCUUCCAGCCUUCACCAACACCAGCAAAUACACAGAGGAGAGAAACUCUACAAAUGUGAUGAUUGUGACCAGGCGUUUAGCUGUUCUUCUUACCUAUAUAAGCAUCGGCGAAUCCAUAGUGGUAUGAAACCCUACAAGUGCAAGGAAUGUGGCAAAGCCUUUUACUGUUCUGUAAACCUUAUUUACCAUCAGAGAAUUCAUACUGGAGAGAAACCAUAUAUAUGUGAUGUGUGUGGAAAAGCCUUUAGCGUUUGUUAAAAUUAUAUGAAACACCAGCGUAUACAUAGUGGGGAAAACCCCUAUAAAUGCAAAGACUGUGACAGAGCCUUUAAUAACUGUUAUAAUCUAAUUCAACACCAAAGAAUUCAUACUGGAGAGAAACCCUACAAAUGCAAACACUGUGGCAAAGCGUUCAAUUAUACUUCAAGCCUUUCUCAACAUGCAAGAACUCACACUGGAGAAAAACCCUAUAAAUGUGAAGAAUGUGGUAAAGCCUUUAACUCUUCUUCAAACCUUAAGCAUCAUUGGAGACUCCAUACUGGAGAGAAGCCCUACAAAUGUGAAAAAUGUGGCAAAGCCUUUAAAAAUUGUUCAGGCUUCACUCGACACUACAGAACUCACAUCACAGAAAAUUCAGAUUAGUGAAAACCCGGUCUCAUAGCUUUCAAUAAUUGUUUAUUGAUACUUCAACACUAAAGAAUUCAUAUGAGAGAGAACCCUUACAAAUGAAAUGAAUAAGGGAAGACCUUUAGUAACAGUUCAACCCUUAUUCAAUAGCCAACAUUUCAUCCUGGAGAGACCUUGUAAUGGUGAAGAAGAUGACUGUGUUGAGCAUUCUAGACUUAGGCAACAUCAGAAAUUUACAUUUUAGAGAAUCCCUACAAUUGCAAAUAAUGUGGGAAAUCCUCAUUAACCAUGAGUGAAUUCUAAUCAAACUUCACACAUGCACAAUUACUUGGGAAGGAACAGUCAAAUAUGUAACACUGAGAAAAACAGAGUGAGAAGCACUGUGCAAGCAGUGUUGCAAGACUUUCCUCACCGUGUAGUUUUUAAGAGAUAUAAAGGAAUGAUCAUAGGCAAACUUCAUGAAGUGUAUGUAUAAAAUUUAGCAAAGCAGGAAAUGCUGUUUAUAAUUCAUAGAGGAAUUUUUGUUGUGAUAGAAAUCUCAUUACAGACUUUAGAAUCAUGCAGAUAACUCAAGUCUGUGAGGAUAUCAGUAUGUUAUAAAUCCAAAUUUUAACAGUCUCAAUUUUGAAAAAUGUGAAAAUCACAACUGCUAAGUAAUUUUAUCAGAAGAAUACACCGAGUCCUGACACUUGAGAGUCUGUUUUUUUCCUCCCAGAGAAUAUACAAUAUGUUUUUGGAAUAUGAAUUUUAGUGAGUUUUGUAAAAAACAUAAGCAGUUCUUAAAUGCAUUGUCAAUGUGGUGUGUAGAAUUACGUUCUGCUGUAGACAUUAAAAUAUCUACCUUAGUGAGGUGUGAUGGCUAAUCUUGUUUGUCCUCUUGACACAUCUAGGAAGAGGGAACCUCAAAGAGUCACCUCUAUUGGAUUAGCCUAUGAAUGUGACCAUUAGAUUUUCUUAAAUACAGUUAAUAUAGGAGGUUCAGUCCACUGUGGACUACCUCAGCCCUAGGCUAUGGCCCUGGACUAUGUAAGAAAGGUAACUGCAAAUGAGACUGAAAAUGAGCCAGUAAGUAGCAUUCCUCGUGCGUGAUCUUUGCUCUGGUUCCUGCCUUGGAUUUCUUCAAUGAUGGACUGCAAUGUGUAAGAUGAAACAAACCCUUUCUUAUCCAAGUUGCUUUUUGGUCAUGGGGCUUAUCAAAGUAACAGAAACAAACUAGAACACAAGGGAUCUAGGUAACAUUUUAGUUAUACACUAAAUUAUAGUUUAUACUGGGGAUUAGUGUGAUAGUCUGUUCCCAGUGUUAAUGUGCUUAAUUUGUAGCAUAUUGUCUUAUAUGUUAUAUCAUCAUUCAUCUACUUAGCAAUUACUUUUAUAUCAUGUGUUUUAUAGAAAUAAAGUUGUCCCCUUUUUGAC